GUUGUUUGAAAACCUCUUGUAGAAACACAUCUAUCCAACACUACCCACCAGCUGUUUACCAAAAUCCAUAGAGAAGAAGAAGAACAUAGGUUAUGAAAACACGAGCCGCUCCAAAAUGUUGAGAAAAUCGUUUGCCAACCUACCUCGCUUUGGUCAGAUGUGCGGUCUGCCACGACGUCUGCAGAGCACACAGCCGGAGCAAUCGGUGGAAACGGAACCGGAGGACAUCGCCCUGGUGGAACAGCGGAUUCUGAAGCACCCGGACUACUUCCAAGUGCACAACCUGUUCACCGUGCGCGACCUCUUCAAUGCCCGAGUGCACUAUGGCCACAAGGAGGGCUCCCUGGACGACCGAAUGCGUCCGUACUUGUUCGGCAGUCGACUCGGUCAUUUGAUCUUCGAUCUGGACAAGACGGCGUCACAUCUGCGCGAUGCCCUCAACUUUGCCGCACACAUCGCCUUCCGAGAUGGCAUCAUCCUGUUCUUCAACCGCAACGCCAUGAACUCCCAUCUCGUGGAGCGAAAGGCCCAGGAGGCCGGUGAAUUCUCGCACACUCGCUUCUGGCGCGGCGGCAUCUUCACCAAUGCCAAUGUGCAAUUCGAUGCGGUGACCAGGCUGCCCGAUCUUUGCAUUUUCCUCAACACUCAGAACAACGUUAUGGCUCAGCACACGGCGGUUCGGGACGCCGCCAAAAUGGCCAUCCCAACGAUUGGCAUAGUGGACAGCAAUUGCAAUCCCAACCUGAUCACCUAUCCGGUGCCCGGCAACGAUGACUCGCCGGCCGCAGUGGAGCUCUAUUGCAACCUCUUCAAGGAAGCCAUACUGCGUGGCAAGCGGGAACGACGACAACUCCUUGGCCUUCCGCCCCUGGACGAAUCCCAGCCGCGGCGCAGUCGCAAAACCAAGUAAUAGUCAUAGUAGUGUCAAGUUGAUUUUGUUACAUUUAUCUAAAUACAAAUGCCAAUGGCCGUCAAUCCAG